AUGGGUCGAAGAAACCAAGGCAUUGAAGAAUGGCUUAACAAAGUCCAACUUCUUCAAAAUGUUAGCACAACAUUGGAUGCCAGGAUGGUACAGCUCCUGCCAGCCAUGAUAGCCGAGAAAACCCCUGCCAAUGCUUGGUUUUACACUCUGGAAGCCCAGGAAACUCGCUCAUGGACCUGGAAAAGGUGGAAGGAAGAACUGCUUCGAGAGUUCCGAGACCCCCUAACUGAGUCCAAGUGCAAAACUGAAUAUGUGCACUGCCAUGUGAACCCCAAAGAAUUUCGCAGCUUUCUUGCAUUCAUUGACCACAAAACUCAUCUCCGGCACCUCACAUAUGGUGACUGGGCAAACAUAGAAUGUCCCGCUGACCAGCAUUUCGACCUAAUAGUCGAACAAUUGCCCAGCGACAUCCAAAUCAUGGUCAAAUCCUGUAACAUCAUGAACCUGACCAAAUUAAAAGACUUCCUCGGUGCCACAGAAGCUCAGAAGAAGUCACAAAAGACCAGAACCAACAAAGGCCCUAAGCAGACGGCUCAACAUAAAACCAGAAACCCCGAAAAGGGUCACAAUGGUCUUCAGAAGAUGGUUCUGGACCCCAACAAGGAACCACUGGCACCCUGCAAAUUCUGUCAGAAAAAGCAUUGGAAUGUUUUCUGCUGGCAGAACCCGAACCGAAAAGAUCCUGAAGAUGGAAAGAAGGGACCAUAUGGAGAACCCAUGCCCGCAGGUUGGAAACCCAAACAGGAGUCCAAGAAGUCUUACAUAGUGGAGCUGGACUUGACGUCCGCUACCACUGAGACUCUUUUUUUGGCUUUGGAACUGGAAAGGACAGCCGCCGCUAAUCAAGGAUUCCACACCAUCGGAUUCUUUCAUUCACCCAAGCACUUGGAAUCAACAAUUUUGAUGACCGCACCUCUUUCCGAGGUCACAGAGACUAAGGAAGAGGACCCCUGCAUGCCCACACAGGGCUGGGACCGAGUCUGGGACAAAAUAGCCAUCAUCUGGGGCACCCUGCAAGUGGCUCUGAUGAUGGGCAACAACCCCCGUGUGCUCAGCUUCUUUGCCAAAGAACCGAAGCGAGGCACCAGGCACCUCGGGAACAACCCCUAUGCAGUUGCAUGGAGUUCCCACCACCUCUACAUCACUGCCACAGCUGAAGCUAACAAGGAUCGAAUCCUGCGAAAGGUCCGAGAAGAUGGUACCCCUCGUUUGAUCCUCCUUGCCUGGAUAAGGCUCGAUGAGCAUGAGAAAUUCUUGAUGUGGAGCUCUGAAGAUCCUGUUAUCUUUGAUUCUUAUGCCAACCUGCAACUGGUGGCAUUUCUCCUGACAGGCAAUAUCAUUCACUCAGACUAUUAUUAUCGUUGUGGAAACCCCAAAUUCCUGCACAUUAAAGACCAUCCAUGUCUCCAAAGACACGAAGAGAGUGAAUGGAUGCAUAUAGUCAUGCUGGCUAUUGAACAAGUUGCUUGCCAGAAUAAACCAACAAAACCACAAAAUGACAAACCUAGAGAACACUUUGAGAGUUUGAUCAAGGCUAUGGAAGCAACAAUUAACGACAUCGCGCCCCAUUUCGAGGUCGCGGUGCCUUCUAUCAAUGCCUUCUACAUGGUAGAUUUAGGCGAUGUACUCAAAAGCCAGACCAAGACCCAAACGCAGCCUUGCUGGACACUAGCCAUCAUUGCUCAGCUCUGGGCACCUGUGGUACUAGACACAGGAGCCUGCGAGUCUCUGAUUUCUGACACAUACCAGGGCCUUCUGUUCUCCGAAACCGAUUUGCAGGAUGCGGAAAUGAUGGCUUUCAACGGCAUUGGUGGAUUCAUUGCAUAUGGGAAACCUCUCAUCAUCCUAGCCAACAAUGUUCUGGGACAUUUGAAACUCCAAAUCUUGGUUCAGGAACCCCUGUUACCCAGUUUCACAGUGACACUCAAGAAUCUGGACAUCCUUAUCCCUUGCUUCAUAACAGAUGAGCUGGACACUGAUCACAUGCACAGCACACCAUACAAGACCAAGCAGGGUGAAUUCAUGAAGGAUGUGUCAAUGCCAUGGCUGACCAAAGCCAAAGCUCAGAAGUCUAGAUUAACCAUGUUAAUCACAGGACAGAUGCGCAUGGCAGCCCAAACUUUUCUCAUCAAAAACCCUCUUGAGGCCACUGCUGCUAGCACAACGGCCCCGUUAGGCCUCAAACUGUCCACCGCGACCCAUAAUUCGGUCGCGGACCCCGAAGAGAACAUUUCCGAAGAAGAAUGGCAGACACUUCGGAACAAAUGGAACCUCAACUCUACAGAGAAGGCUCCAGGGGCCUUUGAAGCCCAAUUAAAAGACGCGGAACAUUUCCACGUCGAUCUCAAAUGA